CCGUUGCUACAUCUCGCUGGCCCUGCCCUCUUAUAUCAACACCCGCCCGCGCUCGCAACUCACCUCUCGCCAAUCAGCCCCGUCCCGAACCACCAUGUACGACCACCCACCAAACUCAUCAACCUCACUACACAGAAAGUCCUCCUCCUCCAAGACGCACCUCACAAACCUAAAGAUGCCGCUCGCGCACUCGCACUCGCGCACGUCCUGCUACCAGCCUAGCACACGCCAGGCGGACAUUUCGCGUCUCCUUGACCCCGCGUACGCCUCCUCUUCGUCACACUCCCCGAAUUCGUCGUCGUCAAAUGUACGCGCGAGCACACGCGUGUAUGUCGACCACACGGGCGAGAUGCACGACCCAGACUACCGCGACUUCCCUGUGCUCCCGCCGCGCCCGCCAAAAAACCUGCCGCAUCGCUCGUCCUCGACACGGUCGCGCUUUUCGAACUCGACAGCGGCACAUAGCCGGCCGGACAGGUACCGCACGUACCCGCUUGUUGCUAGGCCAGAGUGGGAGCGUGGUUGGGCGACGGAAGUAGAGGACUUGGAUGAGGAGGAGGAGGAAGAGCAGUCAUCGUUCGAAGGUGCCUACCGCUCUCCAUUCUCGUCCUCCUCGUCAUCGUCAGACCGCACGCCACCAAGCCGACGCGCCAGCCUGCCACCAUCCGUCUACGCGUACUCGCCCUCCACCUACUACUUCGCCGACCCCGUUUCAACCAACUCCUCGCCAAUAGACUCAUUAGAGGAGGAAGAGCGGGAUACGAUGGAGCAGAGUCCGUUUGACGACAUGGCAGUGGACGAGGAGCCGCGAUCACCGGCUAACACGAGUCGUACGGCGUCGAGCAUACUCAAGAAGAUGAAGCGCUCGAGCUCAGGGUCGACGGUGCCCGUCGCACCUCCGCAACCGUCACCAGAAGACGGUGAGGACAAAGAGAACCGCCAACAUCGCGAAAUGAACUUUGAAGAUCGAGAUGAUGACGACGACGUACCUUCGUGUUCAUAUAUUCUGCACCGACAAUUGCGUGCCCUGAACCUCCGGCUACGCUUUGGUGUCUUCCACGCGAAACGUCGGUUGUCGAUCUCCCGUCGGAGAAAAUCUUCUUCGUCGUGAACCAGAAGCUUCCACAUUCUGCAGCGAUACGCUCAGCAUCGUCAUGAGACCUGUUCUGUCUUGGAUUACAUCGCCUAAGCCAGGCCAACCUCUCCGAACGCACGCAACUAUGCACGUAUCCUUAUGAUUAUCAUACCACGUACGCGCAACGCUUCACGGACCUGGACUCGGAAGAUGAGCGGGGCUUUCCCGCUCGUAUUCCCGCCCUACGCUAUCUAUCGCCAUCCAUCCCCAUACGACCACUUCAGAACAGUCUCUCACGAUAUAAUCAAAUCCAAGUGUCACGAACGCGGUCUCGGUCUCCUCGCAUUCACCCCACUGUCUCACUCAUGCAAUCAAGUCUGAACACUCAUAUCACGAUCAUCCACAUUUGGUCUCUUGUCUUCUCCUGCUCUUCACAUUCAUGCUGUGCCAUAUUUGCAUAUUCGCUUUCCGACCCUCGUUGCAUGCAGCGGUCUUCACAUGCGCAUCGCGCCCUGCCUCUUUUUUAUUCACCGUCACAUAUCGCCUUCUUUUUUUCUUCUCUCUUCUACGCGCGUGGUCGCUCACCGCACAUGAUAUACUUUUCACGGGUUUUUUUUGGGUCGAUUAGGUUGUGAUGAUAGGAACGGAAGGAUGAUGAUAGGAUAUGGAUUUGCAGCCUACGCCUCGCGACGAAAUGUCCCCGAGCGACCCCGCCAUUCCUUCACGAACUGUACUUUGUCGUAGCACACGCACACAUUGCUGUCGUUAGAUGACCGCUUAUGCAACCGCAAUGAAUAUCACA